AUCGCUACGCCUCAAAUUAGUCGCAACAAGUACGGUUGACGAAGAACAACAAGUCGGAACGAAGUCAGAAGAGAGCCUGCAUACGUUGUGUGUUUUCUUUUGUUUUGUAUUUUGGAAAAUUGUGUGUGCGUGUGUUUUACUUUUGUGCAUAUUUUCCCAUAUCUUCAAUUGAUUAAUGAAAACUUUAACAACAGAAAACGAGAAAAAAGAUAUUAACAAAAAGUUUUCAACAAAAAAAAAAAUAUAUUUUUUUCUCAGCAUUUUAACGACGGCAUGACAGACUUGCCCGGCUUCAAUUAAAACGAAAGAACUUUUCUCAUGGAGAAUUAAACAAAAUUAAAGAUCAAAGAGAUCUGGUCAACAAAUGAAGCGAAUUUCGCAGAAAUGAUUGAUUGUUUGCAGACAAGGCUUUUCUUGGAAUAAAAAGCCCAUAGCAAGCUUGUGAUAAUGGUGUUUACUAACUUCUCAAUGACCAUUCGAUUAAUAACUGUAUGGACUAUAUAUUAAACUUUAAGAAACCAAAGAAAAAUGCUCAAAGUGUUAAAAUGAAAUUUUUAUAAAAUUCAAAUUACCUUCCUUAGCUAUUCAUUUAAAAACAAAAUAUCAACACAAAGAAUACUCUACCCAGCUGUAAAGCUACAAGGCAAAUAAAUAAAUGAAUAAUAAUAAUAAUAUUAAACGCAAGGUGUAAAGUGUGUGCUAAUUUUCAAUUAAAUCAAAACUAAGCCAGUAAACCAAGUAAUAGCAACAACAAAACUCACCUGGCCCACAACAAAGUUACCAAGAGUCGAAAAUUUCGACGUUAACAAGUGUGAAUUAGAAUCAAUUGUUACAACAAUAGUGGCAAAUUCCCACACCAAGUUUACUCAAUUACCAACUAAUCUAGCAAAACAGAUAAAAAUAACAACAACAAGAAAAAUAAGAAAAAUAAAAAAGGCAAAUAAUAAGAAAACGAAAUAAAAAUAAACUGCCAAAGAAAGUCAGCUAGCAGUUAGCGGAAAAAAUACCCCCGAAAAGAGUAAAUUCAGUUAAAAGUGAACAGGUGUAUUGAGGAAAAAGCAACCAGCAGCAAGAACCAUAAGAACAACAACAACAGCUAGCAUAUUUUCAAAGCGUAGUGCAACAGCUGAAGCAGAAACCACUAAAAAACACAACACCACCAUCAUCAUCAUCGUCGGAGGAGGAGGAACACGUGAAGGAGGAAGGAAAAACGUUAAGGCGAUCCCCGUGAAAACAAGAAGAAAAAAAAAUAAAUAACCAUACAGGAAAGACGAGCCAACAACAUAUUCUUACUCAAAACUUCUAAUGAGCAAUACAACAACAACUACUACAACAAUCAUCCCCGGCAACAGUAACACUCACCUGUUCAUUUUGACGUUACGUUUUUCGUCUUCUUCCACUGCAUUAACGGUUUACAACGGUUUUUUGUUUUUGGAAAAUUCUCAAGGAUCUCCUCACUCCCAGUGUGUUAUUGCCUUUUUUCCCCGAGCCCAAUUUAGUAGCAAGGAAAGAAAAAGGCAAUUAACUUCCGCCUAAUUUGGAUUAGUUUGUCAUCAACGCCCCCCCCCUCUAAAUUUUUUUCUUGUUCCCGUGAUUGUCACCCAGUUUUUUGGGUGAUACCCCAUUGGCGAUAUAUUGGCGUGCUUCAGCUUUAUAUACGACUCGCAAGAGCAAAAUAUGAUUGAACCAGCCCCCUUGCGACCAGACUUAGAGUCGUAUUGUUAUAGUACAGGUAUUUAUUUAUUUCCCGACGUUAAUAACUCCACUGAUGCUUUAGUUAAUGACGGUGUUGCCUGUACGGGCACUUCAUCGGCUGGUGCCACUAUGGUCACCUCAGAUAUUUAUUCAUAUUCCUCAGAAGUAAAAUCAUCGGCGGAUUCAUUAUUACCUAUCGGUGUAUCAUGUAGUGAUACAUCUGGUACUGGUGUCGUGACAGAUAUCUAUACCUUUCCGUCCGAUGUGAAAUCCGUACCGGUUUCCAUAGUAACGGACGUUGUCUCAUCGAAUCUUGGCCAUUCAUCAGAUCUUUAUACAUUUCCCUCAUCGUCUGAGGUUAAGACCACACCGACAACGACCCUGGUCAAUGAAGGUGGGUCAUGCAAUGACACAGCGUCGUCAGGAAAUGGAAAUAAUGGCAAUAAUGUUACAGAUAUCUACACAUUUUCCUCUGAUGUUAAUGCCUCCACAGAAGGUAUGCUCUCUGAUGGCUCCAAUAAUGGAUCAAGUGGAACCGGUGCUGGAGUCAACCAAUUGGGCGGUGUCUUUGUCAAUGGACGACCCCUGCCGAAUGCCACACGCAUGCGCAUUGUGGAGCUGGCCCGCCUAGGCAUACGACCCUGUGAUAUUAGCCGCCAGCUGAGAGUCAGCCAUGGUUGUGUUUCGAAAAUCCUGGCCAGAUACCAUGAGACGGGCUCCAUACUGCCGGGUGCAAUUGGUGGCUCUAAGCCGCGUGUUACCACACCCAAGGUUGUCAAUCACAUACGCGAGUUGAAACAACGUGAUCCUGGCAUUUUCGCCUGGGAGAUCAGAGAUCGUUUGCUGAGCGAGGGUAUCUGCGACAAGACAAAUGUGCCCAGUGUUAGUUCAAUAUCGCGCAUACUACGCAACAAAUUGAAUCCAAUCAGUCAUCAUCCGCCGACACCGGCCCCCGUGGCCACACCAGCACCGCCACCCAGUACAUCGCCUCAGCACACCCAUAGCCAGCAGCAGCAGCAGCAACAACAGCAGCAACAGCAACAACAACAGCAGCAGCAACAUGCUCACUCAUUGGCCGCUGCUCAGGCUCAAGCUCAGGCCCAUGCUGCCCACAGCGCCCAUGCCCACACACCCACCCAUGGCUCACACAAUCAUCACGGACACGGCCACAUGCACCACACACCGCCCCACUCGGUGGUGACAUCAGUAGCAGCCUCAGUCACAGCCCAUCCCCAUGCUCAUCAGGCGGCCGCCGCGGCAGCCUCGGUUGCUGCCCAUGCCCACCAUCCCCAUUUGUAUUACCAGCCCUACAAUGCGUACAGCAUGAAGUCGACAGUAUCAUGCGGCACGCCCUCUCCGCCCCAGACAGGCUCACCCCAUCAGGUCCAUUCGGCGGCAGCAGCAGCUGCCGUGGCCCAUGGCUGGCCAUCACCGCACACCGUUACCGAUAUCUUGGCCCAUCAUCAGGCGGUAGCCCUACGUGCCAGCUGUCAGGUCGGAAAUCCGGUAAAUAGUGGUCUCACCGCCAGUCUGCCCAUGACACCAUCGCCGGUAGGUGGUUCAGCGGUAAGUGGACAUCAACAGCUCUUGGAUUGUGAGAGUGCUUCGAAUACCACCAGCGCUUUGGCUCAACAUCAGGUGGCUGCCACCCAAGUGGCAGUGGCCGCGGCCGCCGCCUCGCAGCAGCCCUAUGCCAAUUACUAUAUGUACUUCCAGAAUGGUGGCAUGCAUCAUCCCGGUGGCAUGAUGACAACUGGUACCACAAGUUUAUGAGAAUUAUGAAAAAAGAUUUUGGCAAAACAAUUAUUGGAUUUGCUUGUAAAUGAUACUCCUUCAGCAACAGCAGCAGCAGCAGUAGCAGCAACAACCACAACUUGAAACAUAGAAACAACACGAGAUUAUAAACGGAAUAAGAUGCAACUUUCAACAAAACAGAAGAGCCCCCAGGAAAAGGAAGAGAAGAGCUAAGGUGAGCAGGAGAGAAGAAGGCCGUUGAAUAGAUUGCAGAAUCCAGUGGUCCAUAUCAAAGAAAACGAAACCAAAAUUUUGCUCAAUUCAUAAUCCAACAAUCUUCCCCUAGCCACAACUCCCACAAUCAUCGAUCCUUUUAUUCCUUUGGCCUCCCUCUGUAAUCGAAAAAGAUUCCCCGACUCCAAAAUUGUAUACUCUCCUCCCACCACCACAGAACCAUAACCAGAGAAAAAUCGUUGAGCAUCGAUUCGAUUGAUCUUUUCUUGUCAAACAGAAACAGCAGCAACAAACUCAAAUAUACACACUCACACACCCACACACAGAUUUGUCUAGAUUUUUACGUUAAGCAAUAAACGAUCGCAUAUUUAUUUUAUACGAUACCAAUUUAAACUUUAAGUAUUUUCAGAUAUUAGUCAUUAUUUUUAUAUACAUAUGUAUGUAGCAUAUAUAUAAAUAUAGCAAGUAUACUGAUAUAUAUACCACAUAAGUAAAAAACUGCAGAAGAAUUCGUUGGAUUCAAGUUUGGGUGGGGGAGUGAAACAACAGGAUCCUCCUUUCCGCUCAACUUGAAUCGAGUGAAGUAAACAAAGAAACAAACGAUAGAUUCCAGUUUGCGACAGGCUAGCUGGAGUCAUCGUCGAAAUGAUAACGGUUGGAUGAAUGAAUCGAUGAUGAAUGAUCUUUGUAUGUGUAUAAUGAUGAUCAAUGUAAAAUUUAAACUCAAAACAAACAAAAAAACAAUAUACGAAAAAAAAUUAAACAAAUUUGAAUGACAAACAAAAAAAGGAAAACAAUUCACAAAACAAAAACCAAGUAAUGAAAAAGAAAAUCACAAAACCGUAAACAACUAGUUUAUUAUAAUUAUUAUUUAAAAAACAAAACGUAAAAAAAUAAAACAGAAAAAAAAAUGAAUUACAAAACAAACCGAACAAAGCAAACAACAAACAUGAAACAUAAAUUGAAAUUAUCUGUAAGAGAACAAGAAUUUAGUGUAAAAUAUUUAAAACAAAAAAAAAAUACUUAUUUUAUUUGGUUGUAGAUUUUUGUUGUAUUCUAAAUAAAGAUCAUUUUUAAUAAUACAAA